AAAAUUCCCAACAAUUCUCAAGUUGUUGAUCAGAAGGAACAACAAAAACAAUUUAUGGAGCAGGUAAAAAAACAGCAGCAGCUGUAUCAGUAUCCACAACAGCAGCCGUCCAAAUCUGGCUGGAAAUAUAACCCCAAGAAUCCUGCCAAAUCCUUACUGGACAUUCAGGCCGAGGAGCAAGAGAGGCAAAUGAGUGAAGAGGCGACUAAAAGCCAGAACAGACCGUCAGAUUCUGGUUCAUUUGGAUCGCAGUGGACUGGCAAUGCGAAGGAAAUUAUUAGCAAGCUACCUUUGGUACCACCAAUCAUCAACAAUAUUGCUGCGCCAUCAGUGCCAAAUGAUGCAAGUUCAGUCUGGGAACCCCUGUCCACGGCUCCUUUCCACCAUCAUCAAGGAAACAGUAGGAAGCCACAGAAACCCAUUGAUAAUUCUCAGUUUCCAGCUUUGGCCCCAACCAAGUCUUCAACAAAGCAGCAACAGCAGAGCAAGAAGCCAGCAGCUGAUGCUGUCGUCGGUGGCUCCAAAGCAAACACUAAGACUAGCAAAGAAGAGGUGGUAGUGCAGAAGCUGUUUGAAAUGCCGCAAGUUAGGAAGGAUGAGCUGACGGAGUGGUGCCAGCAGUCACUGAAAGGAAUGAAAGUUGAUGUUGACAUACCGACGCUGGUUGGCUUGCUGAGAGAUAUUGAAUCAACCGAAGAGGUGUAUGACUAUGUGUACAGCUACCUGGGUGAAUCGAAACGCAUAAAAGAAUUUGCACAGCAGUUCAUCGAGAAGAGAAAGAAAGGAAAUGCAGUGGCUACUGCUGCUGCUGCCGCUGGCGGUCCGAAACAACAGCAGAAGUCAUCAUCAUCAGCUAAUGCAACAUCAGCAGCUGUGUCGUCGUCUACGUCAGCGGCGUCAGCCGCGACUGCAGUAGCGUCAUCUAGGAAAGGUAAAAAACAGAAAAUGACAAAACUGGACGGCACCAUGCUGGGUUUCUCGGUACUGGCAGAUCCAUCGAGAGUUAACGUCGGAGAAAUUGACUCAGUGCCUCUUGUUCAUAAAAAAUGAUUUCAUUUAUUCGUUCGUUCAUUCUUUCAUCAUCGUCACCUCUAUCUGUUUGUUCAUUCGUUCGUUCAUUCAUUCUUCAUUCUUCUUUCAAUCAUUUAUUCACUUAUUCAUUCAUUCAUUGUUGUAUCUAUCAGUUCAUCCUUCAUUAUUCUAACAAUCUUCAACACUUAUCUAUUUAUCGAUCUAUUCAUUCAUUUAUCUAUUCUUUCAUUCUUUCUUUCAUUCAUCUUUAUCUCUCUCUCCACCUAUUCACCCAAUCAAAUAAUGUUACGGGCUGGAAUUCAUUAAAUUAAAAUGAAUGAACGAAUGGAUAAAUGAAUAAUAAUAAUAAUAAUAACCACAACAACAAUAAUGAUAAUAAUUAUGAUAAUUUUUAUAGUAUAUGAUAAGAUGAUGAGAAUGUACGAUAAUAUUUUAGUAAGAAAAUAUGUUAAUACCAUUAUUAUCUGUUAUUAUGAUCAUUGAUUUGUUUAGUAACGUUUGGAGUAUUAUUUCUACCCUUAUUAUUAUUAUUAUUAUUAUUAUUAUUAUUAUUAGCCAAUUAAUUAAUUGUGGCGCCGUUGAAUGAAGCGUAGAUUUUAUGAAACCUUACAUACAUAUUUUAUAUAUAUAAAUAUAUAUAUAUAUAUACAAUACUAUGUUAUGUUAUAUACUAUAUAUAUAGAUGUAUACAUAUAUAUAUAUAGACUCUAUUAUGUUAUAUAUUGUAUAUAUAAUACAUACUAUGUAUGUAUAUAUAUGCAUAAUAUAUUUAUACAUAUUAUAUAUAUAUAAUGUAUUUAAAUAUAUAUAUUUAUUUAUCCUUUCUUUGUAAAUAAUUUUUGCUUGUUGAGCAAUAAAAUGAUUUUUCAACUGUUAAA